CCCCCAUUUCCCCCUACUAGUACUACACCUGAAAUUACAAGCAACAUGCUAAUGAAAACCCCAAAAAACCAUCACUAAAACCACGCGAGGGAGGAGAGUAGGAGACGACUCCAAAAUCCAAAUCCAGUGGUCGCCGUCGCCGUGGUCGGUGGGUGCCGCGCGGAAACCCUAGCUUCCCCCGCGGGUGGAGGAGGAGGAGGAGGAGAGGGGGGAGAUGUCGUCGUGGCUGAGGAGCGCGGUGAGCCGGGCGGGGCGGAGCGGCGUGGCCCGCGCCGUCAGGGGGUACGCCGACGCCGUCGCGCACCACGCCGGCCAGGCCGUCGCCGACAUCCUCCAGGACCGCACGGACUACAAAAGUUUUAAGAAAACAGUAGCACGCUUGGAAGAGGCAGCAGUUUCAUGCCGUGGAGGCGAAAGAGUUGAACUGUUAAGACGUUGGUUGGGAGCGUUACAAGACAUAGAGGCUGAACUUAGCGGAUCAGAUUUGAAGGAUCCAGAAGAUCGUGAUCCUUCUAGUGAAACAGAUAUUUCAAAAGCACCAUUGGCUUUGUUUUAUGAUGCUGACAUUGAAGGAGGGCCUAUGAACUUCCGUGAUGUAUUCCUAUACAGUCAAGCACUGGAGGGGAUUACACUGUCCAUGGUUCUUGAAGCUCCUUCUGAGGAAGAAGUUUCUCUUCUUUUGGAAAUUUUUGGGCUGUGUCUUACUGGAGGGAAAGAAGUCAACAAGAAAAUCAUGGACACUGUACAAGACUUGGCCAAGGCGCUUUCAAAUUACAAAGAUGAAGUCCUGGUGAAGCGUGAAGAGCUACUUGAAUAUACUCAGAGUGUCAUUUCAGGGCUAAAGAGGAAUGCUGACAUUAUGAGGAUAGAUGCUGAAACCCUCGAGUUGUGGAAAAAGCUAGAUGAGAAGGAGAAAUCACGAGCCCAGAUAACUGAAGAUCAAGAUAAAUCGUCAGGGAAUAUUUCUGUUGAAAACAUUGAGGGUUUAAAAGAAGCACUUAUUGAAGUCCGUUUGUGCUCUAGAGUGGAAGAACUUGUACUGAAGAAGAAGUCAAUAUCACCUGGAGACUCUCUGGAGAUCCAUUCUCAGAAGAUUGAUAAAUUAAAGAUCUUGGCAGAUUCCCUUGCGAAUUCAUCCUCCAAGGCAGAGCAGCGUAUUUUGGAGAACAGGCGCCAGAAAGAAGAUGCUCUGAACUUCCGUGUUAAGAAGGAGAAUGAAGUGAGCACAGUUGAGAAGGAGGUGCUUGAUGAGAUUGCUGAAUUGGAGAAGCAGAGAGAUGAACUUGAGGCUCAGCUGAAAAAGGUCAAUAUAUCACUAAAUGCUGCUGCUGGACGCCUCAAGAAAACCAGGGAAGAGAGGGACCAAUUUGAUGAAGCAAACAAUCAAAUUAUAUUUAAAUUAAAAACAAAGGAGGACGACCUCUCAAAAUCUAUCGCGUCAUGUAAUGUGGAAGCCAAUGUAGUCAAGACCUGGAUCAAUUUCCUCGAGGAUACCUGGCAGCUCCAGUCAACAUAUAAUGAACAGAAGGAAAAGAAAACAUGUGAUGAGUUGGAGAGAUGUGUGAGUAGUUUUCUGAAGUUGACCAAACAUCACCUUUCAGUCUUCAAGGAGGUCCUAAGCCCGUCAAUUGAGAGUAUCCGAACAUAUGUGGAUAACUUGGUGGUCUUGAACUCAAGGGAAGAGACAAAACAAGAUGAAGAUGAUGAAGCAUCCGAGAAGACAAACCCACGAAUAAGCCUUGAAGAGGAAUAUUUGGAAACUGAAAAGAAGAUCAUAAUUGCUUUAAGCAUUGCUGAUCACAUAAAGAAGUUAUUUUACUCUGAGCAAUGGGCUAAUUCUAGGAGAGAUGAUCCAGAGGUCAAGAACCUAAUUGCCGAGAUCGAGAAAUUGAGGGGAGAAUUUGAAUCUAUAGAAAGGCCAAUGCUAAGCAUAGAAGCUAAUAAAUCAAAGCCACUACCUGAGGAGAGAUCUGAAUUGAGCCCUUCACCAAUCCAGGCACCCGCUACGCCUAAGGCUGCACACGUCGACUCUCCAAAAUCUCCCAUGAAGCCCGAGCAGCAUCUGAAUCCUGACAAUGAGCUCGCAAACCUGGGAGCAGAACUUGGAUCGGAGGACAGAGAUUUUUCAGGUGAGGAGAUUAACGGGUGGGAGUUCGAUGAGCUCGAAGAGGACCUGAAAAACUGACAUAGCUGGGAUCAAAGCAACAAAAAUAGCAACAUGUUCAUGUACGCCCCCCAGUUCUGUUUGAUGUACAUAUGACAACUUCGUUCAUUUGUAUUGUCGAUAUUUCAGGACAUGCAGAUUGAACUUUCUAAGUCUUUUAACCUUGGCAAGGCAUUUGCUAUUUGUUUGUCUUGCCAUGAGAUGUUGCAUCAUUACAUGUACACUUGAAUACAGAUUUUACUGAAUACUGUUGUAACAUUUGCAAAGACAGACAAUAAAUGUUUUCACCGACGGUCGAUCAGUUUGCAA